UCUCAACCUUUCCGUCGCCUUCUACUUUCAACUUUCUAGCCCCUACAAUAAGCCGAGCCAAACCUGUCAACUUUUUUUCCGACAGUUUUUUUUUUUCAAUCUCCCACAGCUAAACGUAUCUCCCGUCUAAAUCCACGAAACAUCUAAAUCAAAAUGGCCCGCUCUCGCUCCGCCGCUAGAUCUGCUCCCUCUCGCCCUACCGUUCCUGCGAGAGCGCCCGCACCCCAACAGACCCGACCCGCGGCGACGUACGCCCCCGCGCAACAACAGCAUGCUCCCGCACCCACGGCCAGCGCUCCCCAGGCCUCCCAGGGCCCCGGUCUCUUCGGCCAGAUGGCCAGCACCGCUGCCGGUGUCGCAGUAGGCUCGACAAUCGGCCACGCCAUCGGCGGUCUCUUCAGCGGCGGCAGCGACUCCGCGCCCGCCGAGGCGUCUCCCCAGGCGCAAGCCCAGCAGCAGCAGGGCCAGUGGGGCAACAACUGCCAGGGCGCGACCCAGUCCUUCACCAAGUGCAUGGACGAGCAGGGCGGCAACAUGCAGAUCUGCGGAUGGUACCUCGACCAGCUGAAGGCUUGCCAGGCUGCCGCUAGCCAGUACUAAGUGCCGAACUAUCCUGAGAUGAGAUGAAGAGAAUAGGAGAUGAGUGAAGAAAGGGUAGAACAGGAUGAGGAUGAAAUGGAUGGGUGAAUGAAUGGGCUGAAUGGGUUUAUUAGGCUUAGGACGAAGGGAAAAAAUAAAAAGAUACGCUUCUAGCUGGCGUGUAGUCUACGGCAUGUUCUUACAUCCCAUGGCACAAACAAAAUCAGCAUUAGGACGUCUUGCAUUGUACAGUUAUGUUCGACGGGCCGCUCUAGUAAAUACCUCACUCUGGGUUCUUCAGUAACAUAUAUCCAUUAAUCUUGCUCUUCGUGCCAUCAAUAUUCUCGCUUGAUA